AGAGAAAACUCCGUAUGUCUUUCUGUAGUGGUUGAGGAAAAAAAUCUUGGGGGACAUAUCAAAGAAAAAGAGAGAGAGAGAGAGAGAGAGAGAGAGAGAGAGAGAAAGAGACUGAGACAAAAGAAACAAAAAUAUUAUAGACAAAGAUGGCAACCUCUGGUGUGGUUCCAAGAGUUGAGACCUUGUCAAGCAGUGGGAUUCAAUCUAUCCCAAAAGAGUAUGUGAGACCCCAAGAAGAGCGUAGCAGCAUUGGUGAUGUCUUCGAGGAAGAGAAAAAAAUAGAAGGUCCUCAAGUUCCAAUCAUCGACUUAAAAGACAUUGACUCCAUGGACGAAGCGGUAAGAGACAAAUGCAGAGAGGAGUUGAAGAAAGUGGCCAUGGAUUGGGGUGUCAUGCACCUUGUUAACCAUGGAAUUCCGAACGACCUCAUCGAACGCGUCAAGAAAGCUGGCCAAGCUUUCUUUGACCAACCAAUUGAAGAAAAAGAAAAAUACGCAAACGACCAGGGUUCGGGGAAUAUCCAAGGCUAUGGAAGUAAGCUUGCUAAUAAUGCUGGUGGUCAUCUAGAAUGGCUAGACUAUUUCUUCCAUCUUGUUUAUCCUGAGGACAAGCGAAACUCAUCCAUCUGGCCAAAAACCCCUUCAGAUUAUAUAGAAGCAACGAGCGAGUAUGCGAGGCUACUGAGAGGACUAGCGACGAAGGUACUGUCCGUGCUAUCCCUCGGCUUGGGACUCGAAGAAGGGAGAUUAGAGAAGGAAGUCGGUGGUAUGGAAGAACUUUUACUUCAGAUGAAGAUAAACUACUAUCCAAAAUGUCCGCAGCCUGAACUAGCUUUAGGUGUUGAAGCACAUACUGAUAUAAGUGCACUCACUUUUAUCCUCCACAAUAUGGUACCCGGCCUACAACUUUUCUACCAAGGAAAUUGGGUUACAGCGAAAUGCGUUCCCAACUCCAUUAUCAUGCACAUUGGAGAUACCAUUGAAAUCUUGAGCAACAAGAAAUACAAAAGCAUUCUUCAUCGAGGACUUGUGAACAAAGAGAAGGUUAGGAUUUCUUGGACUGUUUUCUGUGAACCGCCAAAGGAUAAGAUCAUUCUGAAACCGCUGCCCGAGAUUGUUUCCGAGACUGAACCGCCACUGUUUUGGCCUCGCACUUUCGGUCAGCAUAUUCAGCACAAGCUCUUCAAGAAGACUAUUGUUGAGGGAAACUAAUCACUUAAUCCAAAUGAGACAUCUUGUUGAUGAUCUUUUUCAUCUGUCACUAGUAUUAUUGUUGUUGCAAUCUGUUAUUAUAUGUUGUGGUUGUGGUUGCUUCCUUUUGUUCGAUUUGAUCUUUUGGUUACUUUUGUGCUGUGUAGGUCUACUUUUCAUUGGAAUAAAAAGUUUCCAUGAUCAUUUCUAAUA